UGUUAUUGGGAUUAUAUUUUGAAUCUUCCAGGAGAAGUAUGCAGGAAUCCUGAACUAGAUUUUUUCCCCUUAUCAGAAGUAGGGAGAGGCAUCUUCUAUAUUUCCAGAAACAAGAGCAGUGUGGUAACUCUUCAAAGUAAUGAUUACAAAAACAUGGCGAAUAAAGAAUAUUUGUCUUUGAAAGUCCCAAGCCAAAUGACCACACAGGACUCCUCAGUGACAUUCUGUAAAAAUGAGCCCCAGGAUCUUCAGAAAAGCAAAAGUCUAUUUGUAACUGAAGAAAGCACUGAGAGAAAAGUCUUGCGGGGAGAAAGUCCUCCCAUGGAUCAUUGUUCAGAGAACCUUCAAAUUAAACUUAUGUCUGAUGUAACAGAACUGGUCUCACCAUUGGUCACUGGUGAGGCAAAUUGCCAGAAUGGCCGAUUGAAAGAGUCUUUGGAUCUCAUUGACUGUAACUGCAAAGAUGUUUGUGGUUGGAAAUCACGAGUGGUCAGUCGUAGUCAUCAGAGAGCUCAAACAGAGGAGAAACCCUGUAACCAUUACAACAUUGGGAAGAGACGUAACCACAGCUCAGAUGGUCAUCCAUGUGAGAAAAUCCACACUGCAGAGAAAUUACACAGGUGUAGUCAGUGUGGUAAGGACUUCAGUGAGCACUCAGAACUACUGCUUCAUCAAAGGCACCACACAGAGGAAAAGCCCUACAAAUGUGAGCUGUGUGGGAAGGGCUUCACGAGGAGCUCCAGUCUCCUCAUCCAUCGAGCAGUCCACACCGAUGAGAAACCCUAUAAGUGUGACAAGUGUGGGAAGGGCUUCACAAGAAGUUCGAGUCUGCUCAUUCAUCAUGCAGUCCAUACAGGCGAGAAGCCUUAUAAAUGUGACAAGUGUGGCAAGGGCUUUAGUCAGAGCUCCAAACUUCAUAUCCACCAGCGAGUGCACACUGGAGAGAAGCCCUAUGAGUGUGGGGAGUGUGGUAUGAGUUUCAGUCAGCGCUCCAACCUGCACAUCCACCAGCGAGUCCACACUGGGGAGAGGCCCUACAAGUGUGGGGAGUGCGGGAAGGGCUUCAGUCAGAGUUCAAACCUUCACAUUCACCGCUGCAUACACACAGGCGAGAAGCCUUUCCAGUGCUAUGAGUGUGGGAAGGGCUUCAGCCAGAGCUCUGAUCUCCGCAUCCAUCUCAGAGUCCACACUGGAGAGAAGCCCUAUCACUGUGGCAAAUGUGGGAAGGGAUUUAGCCAGAGUUCAAAACUCCUCAUCCAUCAGAGAGUGCAUACUGGAGAGAAGCCCUAUGAGUGCAGCAAGUGUGGGAAAGGCUUCAGCCAGAGCUCCAACCUCCACAUCCACCAGCGGGUUCAUAGGAAAGAUCCCAUUAAAUAAGAUCUUCAGUAUGCUCAAAGAGUAAAGACUUAAAUAUUUUUAACAUCAUUCUUUUAUAUUCUCUGGAGAGAGAUAGUAAAAGUUACUCAUUUCUGUUCCCUCACUGAAAAUCAUUCAUUUAAAGUAUUUUAAGUACCAAGCUCUUUGUUAUACUAUACAAUGAACUGACUGUUCUGGUUCCUCAUGUGGGUACAAUGAAAUGUCUGUACUUUGCAGUUCAACCAGCGUUGUCAGAACCACAUGUCCUACCCAGCUUUUUUAAGUGGAAGAACUUUUUAUUUGUGUAAGUAGGACAUGUUUCCCUUGUUCAUAUUCUCUGAGAAAUUGAAACUCUGGUUUCUCUUCAAA